UUUAUUUUUACACAUCAUAUACGUGUAGCUAGCACGUGUAAUUAAAUAAUGUCUUACGAUAAAUAAUUCGCCGAUCGCGCACAGGCGACAGCAGCUUUCGUUUCCCCUCUCUUUUUUUUCGAAAUUUAUUAAAUCUAUCGAUUUUUCAUAACUUUAAAUUGAGGUCUUCGUAAUCCCUCGACUUUAAUUUUCCACCGUCUAACGCUAUAAUUAAAUCGCGGAAAUUUUUCCAUGUUGUGGAAGGGGAUUCAUUUCGUCGCUAAUGCGUCGACAUAAACUCGAGAACAACGAGGCUGAAAGAAAUCGUUCGUGACGUCCAACAUUAACGUCAUUCAUGCGUUUCUUCGAUGAUAAGCGUGCGGGCAGCCGGUCGCUUCUUGCGCUGCGGGCCGCAGGAAGUGUGAAUUAACGAUGGAAUCUGACCUACUUGACCGUGCAUAUCGUACGGAUCUGCUGCUUCUUCAAUCUGUUAAAUGAGUUACAUAAAAUUUAUCCAUUAGGCACGGAGAAGACUGUCGGACGUGAUUACUUCGGCACGAGCAUGAAGAAAAGCCUCGCGCGAGCCGUGAUUGAACAGUCUCGUGGAAAUCACACACGUCUCGAGUUUUUUCCUAUACGAAGCUACUAUUGGAUUAUUCCUCGAAGCGCGAGAAAAUACUUUUAUACCGGCAAAAAUGCGAGAAGAUACUUCCUGGCUCUGGUUAUAUUGAUAGAAAACUCGAUAUCAGAAUGAUAUGGUGGAAAUGAUGGAAAUAAAAAUGUCAUCGGACAUCAGAGCUACUUUAGAAUCUUGAAAUAGAUCUCUGAUAAGUAUCAAUUAACGGCUGAAAUUAUAUUAAUGCUGUAACUUCCCAGUCUGACGACCAUUGAACAACAAUAGAAGUGUAACACGUGUUGGACACGUAGCAUUUGCAUUGUUGAGUAGGAAACUAUAAUAUUGAGCAACUUUCCGCACCGGACGGACACCUUCCUUAUGCAGCAAGACGUCGGAAUAUGCGAGAAAACGCUUUAGCCAUAUUGCUGGCAUGGACACUUGCGGCUCAGCACGGACUGUGCGGCAAGUUGGAGAAGAUCGCCCAACAACCGAGCAACAUCCUGGUGGAUUACUACGCCUAUCGUCACAUCUCGAUCAUCCACUUCAAUGUGCCCGAACGCACCGUCGCGGUCGUCUUCACAUUUAUGGCGAAAGAAGAGAAGACUGGCGGGAUAGGUAAAUGCGCCCCGCUCAAUGUUUCACUGCAUUUAAAAUCCGCCAGUCUGCCGUUCGUUUGUCCCGAUGGAUCGAAGAUGGCCGCGAAGCUGAUGGAGGCGAAGAGACGUCGGCGGCAUUACAGUCUGGAGAUGAAAAGCGACGGCAAUUCGUAUAUGAUCAAGAUAGAGGCUCCGUCGGCGGGAGAUUGGUACGUGAUUGCCUUCCGAUCCUGGACUGAUCCUGACUCAGGAAAGAUCAAGCAGCAAGGUCUCAGCGCGUCUUGCGAGACCGUGAUGGACGCCGAAAUGUUCGUGGAGAUGCCGGCGAUGACGUCGUUGGUGGAUCCCGAGGUCGAGCACCAGGUGCAGCUGAACGAGACUUCCGACACGGCGGUGGUGCAGUAUCUCGUGCCUGACGUCGGUCUCGCGGAACUGAUUCUGUUUCUGAAUUCGUCCUGCGGCGAGAACUGCAACAUCGCCGUCCAUGUCACGACGGAGGACAAUCUCGUCGACGGCUUGCUCAAUUCCACGGCGACGUCGUUGUCUUUCAAGCCCUAUGCAGGCGGUUUCCAUUACGUGACUCUUCGCCUACUAUCGGGAAACGCGUCGAACGUGAGAAUGCAGCUGUCGAGCCUCGUCGGAGUCGGUCAAGUAACAUCCGUGGUGCUGUCGAGAAAAUCCUUUCCCGAGUUUUUCCUCUUCGACUACGAACAUCUGCGUGGCAACGACACGAAACCGCAGCCCUUCAACGUGACGUCCGACGCUCUUUCCGUCCUUAACUUCGAGAUCGGUCGGGUGUAUGAUGUCGGCGGCACGGUCACCCUGGGCUUCAAGCUGGUCGACGUGGAGGAGAAGCACAAGAAGAACAUCGUCCUUGUCGCCUGCGUUUCUUUAGGGUACUAUUCGAACAUCACCUCGGGCGGUGGCUGCGUCCGUGCGCACGGCUUAACGACGGCGGACGUGUACGUGAACGCAACCGAGCCCGCCUUCGUGCAUGUGCCUUUCCCGGAGGCAGGCACCUGGUACGUCAGCCUGCGCGUCUUCUGCCCCGAAAGAGAGGAAAAGACGACGAGCGACGACAGCGGCGUCAACGUUACCGGCAACAACUCCUGCUCCUGCGGCCGCACCUGCCUGCAGGGUGACGUCGCGUGCGAGAGGUGUGACUGUCUUUCGCGCUGCACCACCGUCCGGGUGGAGAGCAUCGUCUCAUCGUCGCCGUGCGUCGAGGGUCGUUGCGGCAGCCACGGCAAGUGCAUGCACUACAUGAGCGGUGGCUUCGUCUUCUCGGCGUGUCACUGCACCGGCGGCUAUCGCGGCUUUGACUGCGCGGACAAUACGUAUGUCCUCAACACCAGCGGUAUACUCCUGCAGCUGCUCGCUCUGACCUUCAGCAACUUCGCUUUCCUCGGCUCGGUCUACGUGGCGAUACGACGCGAGUACUUCACCGAGGCGGUCGCCUAUGCUGCGGUCAUGUUCUUCUCCACGUUUUACCACGCCUGCGAGGCCGGCGAGGAGGUCUACAGCGUGUGCAUCAUGCGGCUGAGUGUGUUGCAGUUCUGUGAUUUCUUCAACGCACUGCUCGCUAUCUGGGUGACCCUGGUGGCGAUGGCGUCGUUUGGGCCGCGCUUGACGGCUUUCUGCCAGGUGACCGGCGCGAUCGUGCUCGCGAUGGGCGCUGAGAUGGACCGCACGGCGCUCUGGGUGUUCUUGCUGCCGGCCGUCACCGGGUCUGCCCUGAUCGGGCUGUCUUGGGGACUCAGAUGUAGAAGAAAGCGCACCAUCAGAUAUCCUUCACGUCCAUACAGGACCAUCUUUUUCCCGGCCGGAGUUCUUCUCGUCUCUCUGGGUCUCGUUUGUUACGCGUUCCUGCAAACGCGCAGAAAUUAUUAUCUUGUUCACAGUCUGUGGCAUAUCUGCGUGGCCAUAGGAGUCAUUCUACUUUUGCCGAAGCGAAAAUACAUGAAGUAAUACUCCAAUAUUUAUAUGCGUGUCCAAGAGAGAUUCGACGAGACCGGAAAUAUCAUCGAAAACUGAGAGUUGUGAUAAUAGACAACCAAAGAGAUACAUCAGGGAAAUUAUUACGAUAAAAAAAAUAGAUAUCGAUGAGGAAUCGACAGUUUUUAUAUGAAAAAGAUCAUAAACUUUGCAUUCUCGCGUAAAACCGCCUUGAAAAUUAUUAUAUCUUAAUGAUACUUUUUAUUUCAACAGAGUUAGAAAAUCAGAAUAGAGUUAGAAGAUUAAAAUAUAAAUUAUUUUUCUUUUUUUUAUUGAAGAAGUCUUAUCCUCGCCUGUAUUGUGAGAUGUGAUCUGUUUCGUAUUAAAGUUGUCCGAUCGAUCGAACGUAACAAUUAUGCGCAUGUUAUAUGUAAAUCAGAGAUAUUAUUCUUCUAAAAAAGCAUCAGAAGUAUAUAGAUAUGAGAACGUUCCGAGGACAAAUUCAAAAAGAAAUGACUAGAUCUAUCAAUAACACACAAUAUAACAAUAUUUAGCAAUAAGCUGCGACACAUAAGUUCAGUAUUAAGGUAUCAAAGUAAGUCAUUCGUGAAAGAAAUAUUUACGAAUCUGCGCAAUUCAACGUGAUACUAAAAGGCAGAUUCUUGCUCAGUUUAAUAAGCAUUAAAGCAACUGAAGAAAGUCUAACAUCGAUAUUAGGAUAUUUUCUUCACUUAGCUUUCGGUAGAAUUAAAUCUCUAUUGAAUGUAAAUACCGAAGUUUGAAAGCCGAAAAAUAUCGGAAGAGAAUAAUUAUCCUAAUUAUUAUCGAAAUUGACGUUAGAUUUUAUAAAGAAUUGUCUAUUGUUCGAUAAAAUGUUUCCAAAAUGACAUUCCGAAAAAGUUCGUCGAGCGCACGAAUAUUUAGAACAUAUACGUAUUGUUAAUUUCGUCGCGUAACGAUCCUGGUUUGCAAGGACCAAUUCUAGGAUACGUAAAAUGACGGAAAUGAGUGAUGAAGGAUCGAAGAAUAUCUUCGUGCGAGUGGUGCUUUUUUAUUCACACGAAUGUUCUCUAUUAUUUAGAAUUCUCACUUAUUAACGAUACAUUAUUAAUUAAUACUAUUAAUUUAUAAUUAUUAUGUAUCGACAGCAUCGUUUUUUCGUGAUAGAUGCAUUUUGCAUGCUCGAUAGAUACAUUCCUCAUUGUUCCCUUCUUUUGUAUAAAAGAUUUCAAAUUUUUAUUUUUCUUCCCAUUGAACAUAAAAAUAAUUUAAUCCUCAUUUGAUGCAUUAGCGACGACAAUGCGAGCGUAGAAAUGUAAUUUUAAGAAACAAGUCCUUUUUUUCCUAGGAAUCGAUACCUCGCACACGAAUAUCUUGCUCCGAGAAUAAUACGCGAAAGUGGAUGAAAAAGUAAAGAUACAUGUCUCUUAUAUUUUAUAACUAACAAGAUGUAUCUACAUAUAGAAAUUAUAUUCUUCUACGAAGAGCACGUCUCUCUCAGAGGACAUGUUUAAAAAAAAA